AUGAAAAGAAUUUUAGUUAUUUUAUUUUUGGUUUUAAUGUUUAUUGGUGUUGCAUUGUCAAGUCCUUGUGCUGCAGUCUGUUCAAAAGAAUAUGAAAAGUGCUUAACAAUAGGAGCGGACCAACAAGAUUGUAUAACCAAUGAAAUAGAUUGUCACGAAAAAUGUCCAACUGCUUACCACUCAAGAAGACCCUUAUGA